AGAUUCUUGCUUAGCGCUUUCCAUCCAGCUGGCUCUGUUCUCUUCGAGCUCCCCCCUUCGCCUUCUACAACCUCAAUAAAUAACAAUGACAGCCGUGUCGCCCUUUGCGCGCAGCACCGCCUUUGAAGAGAGCCUUCUCUCCGGGCGUGAACAAACUAUCGAAGAGAUGUAUAGUGUUCCAGAGAGUUUCCUGGAGAUCGAGGUGCGGAAUCCACAGACGCACGAAUUCGGAAGGAAGAUGUAUACCGAUUACGAGAUAGUAUGCAAGACGAACAUCCCCGCCUUCAAACUACGCCAUUCCCUCGUCCGCCGCCGUUACUCGGACUUUGAAGCCUUCCGCGACAUCCUCGAACACGAGUCCACCCGCGUCAAUAUCCCCCCUCUUCCCGGAAAGGUAUUCACGAAUCGCUUUUCGGAUGAGGUCAUUGAGAGCCGGCGGGAGGGGUUGGAGAGGUUCUUGAGCAUCGUUGCCGGUCAUCCAUUGUUGCAGACGGGGAGUAAAGUGCUCUGCGCGUUCUUGCAGGACCCUGCGUGGGAUAGGUCGCUGUGGGUUUGAAAUGCCGGUUGUUGUUUGGGGAUGAGUAUGGUAUGGAUAGGCCGGAUAAUGCUUUGGCGGCGUUGGGUGUCGUCGGCGCGAUUAUGCAUGUAUAUUAUGGUCAGGUUAUGGAUAUGUCGGCUAUGUCCCUUUCUCUUACUCCU